AUGACUUUGUCCUAUCGCACUGGGAGAUGCCUGGGUACGAGACGCUCGUUGUACGACUGCCGACUGCAGAGCAUCUCGAUAGCACGCUUCUCGCAAUGCCGCCUGUUGCGAAACAUUGACAACGCCGCAUCCAGCAACGCCGACUCGAACAGAACGUUGAAGACCGAGCAGGAGACGACCCAAGAUGGAAAAGAGCAACAGCCGAGAAAUCAAGCCGGAAAGCGAAAGAAUGGGAUUGGCAUACCUGCGCUGGCGAUAUUUGCGAUUGGCCUUCCUCUUGGAUGGUAUUUGAAGAAUCGAUAUAGUCAAGAGCGAGGAACAAGACUCUCAGAUCCGAGCGAAUUUGUCAAAUAUGCCCUGGUCGGAAAAGACAGUGUCUCCUCCACCUCUGCGAUAUUUCGUCUCAGACCCGCGUCCAACGUUGUCGUCGACCAAGAUGAGCCUACGUUGGAAAGAGCUAUCACAAGCGUCGAAUUCAAGCAGCCACAACUGCAAAUUGCGAGGUCAUAUACUUGCCUACCCCAGCAAGAUGGACAACAUAUGGACGAACUUCGGUUCUUGAUACGCAAAGAGCAGAAAGGUGAGGUAUCGAAUUUCCUCCACAGAUUGCCCAUCGGCUCAGAGAUUGAGCUCCGUGGUCUACAUGCUGAGUUUGUGUUACCAAACGAUGUGAACAGCGUGGUUUUCCUGGUGGGCGGUACAGGCAUUGCACCAGCAGUGCAGGCUACGGACAAGCUUGAUGGCCAAGCAGCCAUCCACAUUCUCUGGGCAAGCCGAAAGAGGGAGGACUGCAUCGGCGGAUACAAUGACACCACGCGGGCAAAGCAAGGCUGGAGCUGGUGGUCCCGAUCUCCUGCGGCUGUCAAGUCUGAUCAGCCCAUCGUAGGGACCGAGAAAGGUCCUCUGGUGUCUAUGCUAGAGAAACUCAAGCAAGAACCAGGAGUCGCAGAUGGUCAGCGUCCAGCCCUUUUGGUGGAUUACUACGUCGAUGAAGAAGGUGCCAUGAUCAAGCCCGAGGACGUCAAAAGGGUGUUGAGCACUUCAUCAAAGACAGGCAGCGCCAGCUCGCUCGGCAAGCGCAUCUUGAUUGUUUCUGGUCCAGAGGGCUUCAUCAGUCACUGGGCUGGACCUAAACAAUGGGCGAACGGCAAAGAAACCCAAGGACUUGUGCGAGGUGUCUUAUCGACCCUCGAUCUGGGAGGAUGGGAGGUGGUCAAACUCUGA